CGGCGGCCGGUAGUCAUGGCGGCGCCCGGUUGCCCGGCGGCGCCCGGUUGCCCGGCGGCUCCCGGUUGCCCGGCGGCGCCCGGCGCCCCGAUGCCCGGCUGCGUCCGGCUGAGCGCCCGCGGGGCGGCGGCGCUGCUGUCCGAGGUGGACACGCUGCUGUUCGACUGCGACGGCGUGCUGUGGCGCGGGGAGACGGCGGUGCCCGGCGCGCCCGAGACGCUGUCGGCGCUGCGGGCGCGGGGCAAGCGGCUGGGCUUCGUCACCAACAACAGCAGCAAGACCCGCGCCGCCUACGCCGACAAGCUGCGGCGCCUGGGCUUCGGGGGCCCGGGGGCGGCGGGGACCGGGACCGGGACCGGGGCCGGGCCCGAGGUGUUCGGCACCGCCUACUGCGCCGCGCUGUUCCUCCGGCGGCGGCUGGGCCCCUCGGCCGGGCCCCCCGCCAAGGCCUUCGUGCUGGGCAGCCCGGCGCUGGCGGCCGAGCUGGAGGCCGUGGGCAUCCCCAGCCUGGGCGUGGGGCCCGACCCGCUGCCGCCCGGCGGGCCCGGGGACUGGCCCCAGGCGCCGCUGGACCCGGCCGUGCGCGCCGUGGUGGUGGGCUACGACCCCCACUUCAGCUACAUGAAGCUGGCCCGGGCCGUGCGCUACCUCCAGCGGCCCGGGUGCCUCUUCGUGGCCACCAACAUGGACCACCGCCUCCCGCUCGAGGGAGGCCGCUUCGUCCCCGGUACCGGCUGCCUGGUCCGGGCCGUGGAGACGGCGGCCCAGCGCCAGGCCGAAGUGAUUGGGAAGCCCAGCCGCUUCAUCUUCGAGUGCGUGUCCCAGGAGUACGGGCUGGACCCGGCGCGCACCCUCAUGGUGGGCGACCGCCUGGACACGGACAUCCUCCUGGGUGCCACCUGCGGCCUGCGGACCCUCCUGACGCUGACCGGCGUGUCCAGCCUCGGGGAGGUGAAGAGCUGCCAGGAGAGCGACUGCCCCACCCGGAGGAAGAUGGUCCCCGACUUCUACGUCGAGAGCAUCGCCGACCUCUUACCGGCUCUCCAAGGUUAAACGCUCCGGACGCCUUCUGCCGUGCCCUCCCCCUCCCCACCCCGCCCCCAAUAAAUAAAUGUCACCUCCCUCUCCUUGACCAGUGGGCGGGCGUCCCCAUCGGCUGAGGG